AUGUUACAGAAGAAAGAUCACUGUGGAGCGUGUGGUAGCAUUAGAAACCCCCAGUGGAGUAAAGUCACUGAGAUCAAGCCGAAAAAAAGCAAGCCUUUAACCUCUGGAUCGGCAUCUGCGGGUGCCACGGUGUAUAAGUGUUUACGCUGCUGCCAGAGGACAGUACUACCUCGAAGGAAAUCAAGGAAUCCUAUCUCGAAACCUUCGUCUAGAGGAGCUACGGCUACGUCUACUCGGGGGUCAACUCCUGUAGGGAUUGACGUGAAAGGGUCGACACAGGUGUCAGCAGAUCCCAAGGCAGGCGAGAACCAAAGCAGCAAGAAGAGAGCCAAAGCAAGAAAACAAGGUGGUCUUCAAGCUCUUCUAGCCUCCAAACAACGUGCUCAACCCUCACUCGAUUUGCUCGACUUUUUGCAGUAG